AUGUCAUCAGCUUCAGCUUCGACCGCAAAAUCACCGUAUGCCGACGAAGUCGUGCGAGGAGGAUAUGCAAAAAUAUUUGAGGGCCAUACAGUCUUCCUCACCGGAGGUACUGGCUGCCUAGGGGGUUGUCUCCUCUACAAGCUAGCUCUGCAACUGCCAACUCGCAAGAUUUUCGUUCUGGUAAGGGGGAACUCCCAGCGGGCUAUUGGAAAACUGAGGGAAUCGAUACCAAAUCAUGCACAGGCUAUUUUAGCCACGAACAAAGUCGAGUUUGUGAUUGGAGAUAUGAAGACGGUGAACUUUGGGAUUGAAGCUACUAUCCUUCAGCAACUUCAAGAUCAAGUGACCCUGGUCAUUCAUACAGCAGCCAAGAUCAAACUUGAAGGUCCCAUUCGUGAUGCACUGGAGAACAAUUGUCUCCCUGCGCUGGAAAUGGCACGGAUUGCCUCUAGAUUCCGGCGACUGAAACUCCUCAUCCAGAUCUCUACGUCAUACGUCAAUAGUCAUCGUCCGGAUGGCACGGUUUUAGAGCGGAUAUAUCAAUUGGGAGGCAAAGAAGAUGCAGAGGAAGAACUGGCAUCCAUAUUGACGCUGGGCACAUCACCUCACGCGGGCAAAUUCUCAUCUACCUACACCCAAGCCAAGCAUCUCAUGGAACGUCUACUACUCAGCCGCUUCCCUCUUCUUCCAAUUCUACUGCUACGGCCAACAAUCUUCGGUCCUGCGCUCAGAUACCCUUACUCGCUAUAUGGACCGGAGGACUCCACGCCUCUCAACAAGUUUACUAGGCUUUGGUUCUCUGAUCGAGGCGCCACGCAAGUUUGGCAUGCCACGGAAGGCUAUAAAACAGGCGCCAAUAUCCUAGACGAGAUUCCCGUGGACCUCGUAGCAAACGCAUGUCUAUUGCACGCAGCAGCACGGACUACGGGCAUUGUCCAGAUUGGUUCCCAGCUCUAUCAUCCGAUUACCUUCGAUGAGAUCUUCCGAAUGGGCCUGGAAAAUGCCACGCCUGCAGCCCAGCGAGAGUUUCCGAAGAUCAUAUUUACCGAAGAUCGCAGCACACCGCAAUGCUUUCUUGCGGAAUUGAUUCAAGUAGGAACUCGCAACUGGUUAUUCGAUUGCGGGCGGUCCUACUGGCUCAAACAGGUGAGCGGGCCAUUGAGCAUGCAGGUUUGCAAGCAUGAGGCAGAUGCUCUGAAUUUGACACGGACUCACGAUGUCCUCGGGGCUCUAAAGGAGAAAGCUCGGAUCUGA